CAAACCUCAUUCCCCCCGCCUCUCCCCCCCCUUUAAUAUUGGGCCUGUGGAUGAGGCAUCCUGAGGGAGAAAAAAGUAGAGAGAGAGAGAGAAAAAGAUAUCUACCUUAGGGAAGAACCUCAGAGAGAGGGAGGGAAGGAGAGGACGGGUAGGAGCGUGUGUGCAUGUGUGUAAGAGACACUUAUUCUCUUAACUACUAGGAGACAGACACACUUUCCUGGCCCGACUCAAAGAAGGGGGGAAAACAGGAGGAAGAUUUUUUUUCAAUAUCAUUUUAAUCUUCCCCUCAUUCAACAAUCAAGCUGCCCUAAAGCUUCUCUUCCUGGAAACUCUUCUUCAUUGCCUGCUGGAAGUUCUAUGUAUUGAUCCAUUUACCCUCUCACACACUACAAGGCUUACCUCAUGGAUUUGUAUCUGAUUGGAUAUUUGAUGUGUGUGUGGUUGUCCAGCUCACGGGUGCUUGGAGGCUAUCCCAUCUGGUGGUCCCUCGCCCUUGGGCAGCAGUACUCGUCUCUGGGCUCCCAACCCAUCCUGUGCGGCUCUAUCCCCGGCCUAGUGCCCAAGCAGCUGCGUUUCUGUCGCAACUACAUAGAGAUCAUGCCUAGCGUUGCCGAAGGUGUCAAACUGGGGAUCCAGGAAUGCCAGCACCAGUUUAGGGGCCGCCGAUGGAACUGUACCACCAUCAAGGACAACCUGGCCAUCUUUGGCCCUGUGCUAGAUAAAGCAACCAGAGAGUCAGCGUUUGUCCACGCUAUAGCUUCAGCAGGCGUGGCGUUUGCUGUGACACGCUCCUGUGCUGAGGGUACAUCCACCAUGUGUGGCUGUGAUUCCCACCACAAGGGACCUCCUGGGGAGGGCUGGAAGUGGGGCGGCUGCAGUGAGGAUGCAGAGUUUGGGGUGCUGGUAUCCAGGGAGUUUGCGGACGCUAGAGAGAAUCGUCCAGACGCUCGCUCAGCGAUGAACCGACACAACAACGAGGCAGGACGCACGACCAUCCUCGACCACAUGCACCUGCGCUGUAAAUGUCACGGCCUGUCAGGAAGCUGCGAGGUGAAGACAUGCUGGUGGGCGCAGCCAGACUUCCGCAUGCUGGGUGACUACCUGAAGGACAAGUAUGACAGCGCCUCAGAGAUGGUGGUGGAGAAGCACCGUGAGUCACGAGGCUGGGUGGAGACGCUGCGAGUAAAGUACAACUUCUUUAAGCACCCCACUGAGCGCGACCUGGUCUACUACGAGGGCUCACCCAACUUCUGUGAGCCCAACCCGGAGACCGGAUCCUUUGGGACACGCGACCGAGCCUGCAACGUGUCGUCACACGGCAUCGAGGGCUGCGACCUGCUGUGCUGCGGCCGCGGCCACAACACCCGGACUGAGAAGCGCAAAGAGAAGUGUCACUGCAUCUUCCACUGGUGCUGCUACGUCAGUUGUCAGGAGUGUGUGCGUGUCUAUGACGUACACACAUGCAAGUGAGAGAGGCCUGUGCUUUCAGACAAACUGACUGCUGGACUACAAGUGCUGCCCACCCUUCUACUCCCCCAGUCCUGCACGACUUCCCUGCUUCCCCACACACAGACUUGUACACUCUGCAUCCCACACAAAAACAUAUUCAUCAGCACACACACUCAGGCCCUAAUGGGUAAUGGCACAUCAGUAAUGGAUACUUCUAUACCUUUUUUUUUGUAAAAACCCAGCUUGAGAAUCUGUCUUCCAAACCACUACACCCAUUUCCAUAAUAUCUGACCAGAAAGUGUCCUGUGUUGACCUGACUGAUCUAGUCCGCUCUCAUGGGAAGAAGCGAGAGUUGUGCCACUUUUUCUUGGUUCCUGUCCCUGCAGCGUUGGGCCACGACCCCCCUUCCCCACCCCCCACCCCUCCCCCUUGUCUUUAUUUAUUUCCCCCCUCCAUGCCAACACAAUGUUUGUGGCAUGUACAGUAACACUUUUUACCUGUGAGAUUAAUGCAGUAAAAAAAAAAAAAUAAUAAAUAAAAAACUUUCAGACUCUGCUUUUGAUUAAAAAGCAUCUCCUGACUAACACCUAACUUCUCUGGCCAGUCUGGCUGGUUUACCUUUUAUUUUUUUUUUUAAACUAAACCAACCUCUACACCGUCACUUAGUCAUAAGUGAUGCUGAACACGUCGGCAGCCCCAGGAAACCAUCACUUUGUAACUACUGAACUGAACUGAAAACAGCAGGCAGGUGUCUGCAAGUGCCACAGUCCUGUCUUUUGUAAACUACUGAGCUGAUGAAAUCCUCAGUGUUGCUACUCCCUGCUGACUGACUCUACUGCACCAGUCAACUGGGAAGCCUGGAAGAUAUAUGCUACAGCCUGAUUUUAUAGCCCUGCAUUUCUGAAAUAUUACCAUUGGGCUGGGAGGUAUGCAGCAUGUGUGUGAACAAGCAUGCUCAUUCCACUAACUAACCACCCUACACAUGUAUAUGUAUGCACUAUUCAGUUACACAUAACUCCAGAUGGUAAAAAUUUGAACAUUGUUUAUGCGUGCAAAUUCUUCUUCAUUGCAAGCUAGCAGUUCUUAUGAAUGACGACUUUGUUCCUGCAUUUGGGCACGAUCAACCUGUAAAUUGCUCAUGAUUUCUACAAGUGUGAUGCAACGCAGUCAUACAUUAUCCAAUCUAAGGAGUGUUGUGGUAAAAACAACCACAGAAAGAUAGUGCUCAAAUUAUAUGAGUAAAAGAUCAUUUAUGGCUGCUUCAUUUAUAAAUGUAUGCAUCAAACUUGAGUCAAGCUUUAGCAUGCUUAAUAUUAAUUCUGGUCUUAUGAGCAAAGUGAUUAUUGGGAAAUAUUUUUAUCUAACACUUCAUGCAUUCAUCAGGUCCACCGUAGAGACUUUUGUCACAAACAAAUCUUUUUUUUAAAUCACUGUAAAAAAAAGAAACGUGGACACCAGAGCGCAGAGUAGGUUCUGAUUGGCUUUCACAUCCUCCCUUCCUCCUCUCCAUAUUUUCCCUCAGUUGGACAGUUGAGGUUUUUAAGAAGCCUGAUUUAUGAACUUGUAGUCUUGUCAGUACACCCCAAAACUGCCUCGCUCUUUUGGUUUUGGAGAUUCUGGAAGAACAAUAUACUGUAAUUUACUCAGAUUAUUUUUGUAGGGGCAUGGAUGUCUGCCCAGUUGACGCUGACAUGUAAUUUUUAACAAAAGAAGUGAUUUUAAGAUCAUUGAGGAAAAACAGUUGUGAUUUUUGGGUGGACAGAAAAGACUUCCAGUUCAUGUAGAUUCUUGAAUUCUGAUUCUGACAUUAACAUUAAGUGGAAGAAGGUUGGGAAACUUCAUCAAGAGCUGGAUGAUUUAUGUGUGCAAGAUGUGGACGUGUGUGUGUGUGUGUGUGUGUGUGUGUGUGUGUGUGCAUGACGGCUGCCUGUGACAAACAGAAGUGAGUGGAAAAAUGGAUGAACGAAUGAAUGGAUGGAUGGAUGGAUGGAUGGAUGGAUGGAAGGUUGGCUUUUCACAAUGGUGGAACAAACUGUGAGGUUUCCACACAACAUGUUCUGACAGUCCCACCUGCUUCCUUUUAAUUAUAUUCAACAACAAAAAUACAAGUUACCCAGUAGCGUAUAGCUUAGCAUUUGUGUCAUCUUCUACACAGCCCUCCCUACCUGGGCCUACCUUUCUGUGUUCAGUUCCCUCCACCCCCCACCUCCCACCCCCACUUCCCCCGCUAUAUCCAAAGUUUUGUACAAAUGUUUUAAAGUGAAUAAUUCCCUUUUUAUUUUAUAAUCGUAAAUGUUAUGUUUUUAUAAAUAUUAUUUAUUAUACAAUGUAUAUAUCUGUAUGACUGAACUAAGAUUAUAUAUUUGAAGAGCAAAACUGUCUCGUGCUUUUUGCUUUAUAGCCAGACGUACACGCAUACACUGGACUCAAUCCCACAUACACUGCUGCCAGAAAUAUUCACUUGAGCACAAAUUGUAUAUUAAUCCGCUGCUGAAAAUAGUCCCCAACAAUUGCACUAUUUACUCCAGUUACAUUAACAUUUGCUAAAAACUACACUGCCCAGCUGUUUUAGGAUAUUACUGGGCCUUUAUAACAAAUGAAACUUUAUAUUUGUAUUGAGAGACUGAUUAACACAUUGGUUUUGGUCUUUCCAUGGGAUUUGUCAACAACAAGGAAAAUAUAGAAUAGUGCCAACCUUUG